CAAGAUGAUGUGAAGUAGAAAAAAAACAUUGAAAGCGUCUCUCUGCCAUUCAGAGCAGCAGCUGCAGCUUCAGGGAUUUUUUGUUAAACUCAACAACAAUGAGUGAAUCACUGGUGGUGUGUGAUGUGGACGAGAAUCUGGUGAAAAAACUGAGGGAUUUCCGUUUCCGGAAGGAGACCAAUAAUGCAGCCAUCGUUAUGAAGGUCAACACAGACAAGCAGAUGAUUGUUCUCGACGAGGAACACGAGGAUAUUUCUCUUGAUGAUCUCAAGGAAGAACUGCCUGAGAGACAGCCGAGAUUUAUCGUCUACAGCUAUAAAUACCAACAUGAUGACGGACGCAUUUCCUAUCCUCUCUGCUUCAUCUUCUCCAGUCCAGCAGGUUGCAAACCAAACCUGCAGAUGAUGUACGCAGGAAGCAAACUCAAACUGGUGCAGACUGUUGAACUGUCAAAGGUGUUUGAGAUCAGAAACGUAGAGGACCUAACGGAAGAAUGGCUUAGAGAGAAACUGGGGUUCUUCGGCUAAGGUCGUCUCAUGCAGUGGUCUGGGAUGUGAGGAGGAUCCAGAUUGCACAAUCUCUUGGGGAGAGCACUCUGCAGUUAAUGUUUCCCUCCCCUCUGUACCAGACCUGAUUUAAAUAGUGUCCGCAAAUACCUCCUGUACUCAGUCUUAGGCCUCUUUGGCAGGUUUUACAUAUUACGAUCCAGUAUGACACUAACUAACCCUAAAACUGAAGACACUAUUUAACGCAGGUCUGAUUUUGUCUCCCAUGCAAUCUCUCCAUGUGCCAGUUAUGUGUCUGUAUUGAAUUAACACUCCCAUAUCUCUUAACGGUCAGAAAAUUGAUAGUACUCAUCUGCCCUUCUUAAGCAUGUUCAUCCAGGUGAAUUUAAAGGCAUAACAACAGUUCCUUCAGUAGUUUACACUCCUGCGACCCUGAACCUCCUUAGUUUCACCUUUUUUAUGUUUUUAAUAAUUUGAGGGAGUCUUACUUUUUCAUUUUUUUCUGGUGUAUGUAGGGGCUAUGUAAGCAUAUACUUUAUAGCAUUAAUUUAAUUUGGUUUUAAAAACAACCUUCCUGCUAGAACAUAUGAACAACCAUCGCUACAAUACAGAGCACAUAGCGUUCAGCUUUAGUCUGCUUCAGUAUUCAUCUAAGGGCAUUUAAAUUAUAAUUUAGGUAACAAACUGGAAUCACUCCAGAUGACUAUAACACUAAGACCAUUCCUGAGUCUUUUAUGUGACGUGUUGUACCUUCUUCUGUGCACAUGAACAAGCUGGCAGAAUCCCUCGAGUGGUGCUUAUCUAUCACACUGCAGAUUUGCCCGUCAGUCCACCAUCAGAUCACAUCGUUUCAUCUGUUGAGAGAAAACAUUGUGACUCAUGGGUAAAGCUGUCUUCUGCCUUUGACCUGCAUAUUUGUAACGACGGUAUCACACAAAAAAAACAAUAUUUCCACUGAAACAUUCCAAUUUAUUACUUACAACAAACCUCCGUCUCUGGCGACCAUGACAGUUUUGAAACCACUGCACACAGAGGGGGAUUACCUGCCCUCUUUUUAAUCUACUGGGCUACUCUGUAUAAAUGGCUCACUGUGUCUUUAGGGAAAUUGUUAGCUAAUAUUGUGCAUUAUAGCUAUUGCCGUUAUUAGUGUUUAUGAAUGUCGUGCUUCAUUCUGAUGUAAAGCCACUUUGAUUGCUUAGUGGUGGUCAAAGCUUUGAGAAAAACGGCUGCGGCUAAUCCAGAUGCCAGUUGUGCUUCAUGUUUAGACUUAGUAGGUAAAGGACAUUUUCCCAACAAAACAGGGUUCGAACAAUGAAGCUUUUUGUGUAUUGAAUGUGCCAGCAGCUCAAAUUUUGUAAUAUCUAAUAUAUACAGUUCAGUCUGUGUUUGACACUGAAGUGAACAUAAACUUCAUCUUUCAGCACAUUUUAAAUCUAAUGUGUCAGAGUAUGGAGUAAAACAACAUAAAAUGUACUUUCCAAACACUUGCAGACUGUAUUUUAUAUAUUUGGCUUUUUAAUCGUGCCCAAAAGCGACAGAUCUUCCUUUUUUUUGGCCGAAGAUCCUCUUAAACAGCAAUUAAACCAGGCCGACACACUAAAACUCCAAACCAGUUGCUAAUACUUUCAGGAUUAGUGGCUUUUAACAGCAGGGCUGCUAGACCCAGAUUGUUAAAGCUACAUUAAAUGAACUGCAAAGAAAAGAAAAUUGCACUGCUGGGGCUGCAGGCUGGUUUUAUGCAACCAGUGAGAGAGAAACUUCCAUUAUACCGGCAGCAGAUUUCUGAUUCUUAAAAGCUCAGUAUAUACAUAUAUAUAUACACACAUGUCCAAACCGAAUAAAGAAUAAUAGGCACAAAUGAAUUCCACAUGUUCGCUCAUUGGUGUCAUCCCUUAUAAGAAACUCCUACGCGGGAAACAGAUAAAGAAGCCUGGUGGCUGAUUUAAAGUCUGCGACAGGAAAUCUCCACCUCCAGUAAUGUAUGAUGUCAUACCGCUAAGUCUACCAUACCAAUGCCUCUUCUUAAAUCUUUAUUUUGUCAUAUUUGCGUCUCUUUUUAAAAAAAAAAAUCACGAGGCCAAAAUAAAUAUGACAUAAAUGUGCUUUUUGAGGGAAAAAAUAAGCUUUGUUGGGGGAUUAUAAUGGAUUGUUUUAUUUUAAACACUAUUUUUUUCUAACUUCCUGAUCUGUAAAGUCCCAAAAAAAUUUAUUUUCUAUUUAAGUGUAGUCUUGGUAAAGAUUUGACUCAAAGAUAUGUAUGCACAAUCACACCAUUUCAUAUAAAUCAUCUUUUGAUUUCAAAUGUUUGAUCAAUAACGGUUUACGUGUUAGGGCAGGGCAGUUAAAUCCAACAGGGACUAUAGGGGAAUAACUGUAAUCAGUUGUUUUGCUCUUUAGUGAUACCAUCAAAGCUAAGAUCAGCCAGUUAUGCUGCUGUUCCAGAAAAACAUAACCCCAACAUGGGUGACUCUUGUUUGUAAUAGUUUCUGUUCUUACUUGAGCUGAAGUUGUAUGAUAUCCUUUAAAUGAAGAUUUAUGACCCUAAGACCUGCAAAACUCUUUCAAAACUUGUGAUAAAAUUUAAAAAAUCUGAAAUCAAGAAUGUCUGUCUUGAUAUUUAAUUUGUGCAAUGUACUGACUUCAAUGUGAAUAUAAAAAACAUAUUCAACUGUUACAAUUUUAAAACAAAUUUCUUAAAACCUCUGAAAUGUGAGCUACUGUAAAAGAAGUGCAUGCUUUUAAUAUAUGACAGAAUGGUUUUCAUAAGCCUGAAAUUUGCUGCUCUGUUUCAUACAUUUUUAAUUAUUAAGUUCACUUUAUUGCAAAGAAUUUAGUUGCAUACAAAUUAUUUUAAAAGGGGCAACAAUUGCAUUUUAAACAUCUGGUCUCAGUUGUUUUUUUACUCUAUCUGAACUAUUUACAAACUGAAAGUACUGUCUUUGAAUAAUUCCUCUGCUACUGCUAUUUUUCAUGAAAAUAAUAGACUGUCCAUUGAUUAUGUAUCGAAAUUAAUCUCCCCAGUAUAUGGUCUACUUAACAAAGAUUUCCCUUUGGUUUUGAGCCAUGUAUCUGGUUAUGUCUUGUGGAUCUAGUAGCUUUCCCUCCUAUGUGGUGAACCUGUUGUAUAUUUGGCCUCUUGACUCUUUUACUUUAACUUGCAAAUGUGUUGUUCUGCUCUUGGCGUCCUCUUUGAUCAAAUGCUUACGAUACUAUUUUCUUUCCUUUUUAAUAAAAACACACCUCAGACAUGCAUCAUUACCAGCUGCCUCAUGGCAUCAGUGAAACUUGAGAUAUUUGUAUUUUCCCAUACUUUAUAAACUGUCUAUUGUCCUACUGUCCAAAUAAAAUAAUAGUGAUGUUUA